GUUUUAGACAGAGUCAAUGUUUCCUGCUGCAAAUUAUGUCAAAGUAAUUAAAAUGAGGGAUCCAGGGAUCAGCCGAUAUCUCUUACACCUGUUCAUGCUGAUUUUAACCGCUGGUCUAGCAACAUCAACAGGUACAAGUUCAUUUUGGAAACAGAAAGCACUUGUUUAUUCAAAAAAUACUAUUGGACAAAUUCCAAAUACCGAGAUCCCAGAGUUAUCAGAAUUCACAGCAUGUUUGGAUAUAUUUUAUGAAAACGAUGCCCUUUCAACUGCAUUUUCAUACUGUGUUCAAAAUGGAACCAUCCCUGAGCUUGGUUUCAGUAGGCAGAGACGUAGGCUUGAAGUUUUUCAUUUGGGAAAGGUUUAUGAAGUUAACAAAGACUUGGAACAAAAUGCUUGGCAUACUGUAUGUAUAAACUGGAAGAGACAAGACAAGCAGCUGGUCGUUUAUGUGAAUAAGACACAUGUCUAUGAGGCUACAACUGAAGAUGGAGUGCUCAGGGGCAAUGGGAGCUUGGUUUUGGGUGCUAAACAUACCAAUAUAGGAGGUUGGAUUGAUAUAGUUCCUAGUUCCUUCAUGUUUGGAGAGCUAUACAACUACCAGAUGUGGAACUAUACAAGGUCUCAAGAACAACUACUUGACUGUAUAGAAGGGAAUUUACUCAGCUGGACAAAAGAGCCUUGGACGUUUGAACGCACUAGGGAGGACGUGCAACUGCGCUGUGCAAAUGCAACACUUACACCAACGCCAGCAGAAAGUACAACCACUCUGACCACAACUCUUGGGACAACUACCUCUACCAGGACACCAACACCAGUACCAGAAAAUUCAGCAUCCACUGAGAUCUACCCUGCGGCCACUGAAAGUCUUACUUCUGUGACAUCCACUCCUAGUAUUUUCUUCACAACCUUAACUCAAAAGGAAACGGCUAGCAAGAAUUCCAGCGGCAAUUCAACAUCUACUGGGCUGACUGGUACUCUGCCGACAAGCCGAUCUGUAGAACCUAACCUUUCUACUGAAAUCUCUACUACAGAGUCAUUACCUGACCUAUUAACUAAUUCUAGUGUCAAAUUACCAACAGGUAAUAACGUAUCUACGACUAGUAAUAUGUCCUCAACGUAUCAUAGCCCACCAGAAAUGAGAACAACAUCUGUUGUGCCAAUUUCAUCUUGGACAAACACCACCACAAUACAGCAACAGGCAACUGAUACCAAGAGUACACCAGGCGUAGAAAAUGAUGAAUGA